AUGGCGGAGCCGCGCCGGGUGCCGUUCAUUAGCCUGUCACCCGUGCGGCGCCGCGAGGGCGAGAGUCCGGCGUUGGAGCGAGAGCCGGCGGGCCGCGACCCGGAGCCACCUCCGGCGGGCCGUGAGGCGCCACCGCAGGAGCCGCCGCCGCACGAGCUUCCCAGCGACAGCGCUGCCCGCCCGGAGCCGCUCCGAGACCCCGGCCGGCCCGAGCAGCCGCCGCAGCGGGAGCCCCCCCGGCCCGAGCCGCCGCCGCUGCCGCCACCACCGCGCCAGAGCGGGCGGCAGGAGCCGCCGCCGCCGCGGGAGGCGCUCCCGCUCCGCCAGACGGUCCGCCUGGAGGUGGUGCUGAAGGACCCCACCGAGGAGGGCUGCGUGGAGUUCAGCUACCCGGAGCUGCUGCUGUGCGGGGACUCGCGGAAGAAGUCAGUUCAUUUAGAGGAUCCAUUUAAUGACGAACAACGUGAGCGACAUGAAGUAGAAAUGCUUGCCAAGAAGUUUGAGGCAAAAUACGGUGGAAAGCCCCAUAAACAUCGGAAAGAUCGCCUGCAGGAUCUAAUUGAUAUAGGUUAUGGCUACGACGAGACGGACCCUUUCAUUGAUAAUUCUGAAGCGUAUGAUGAAUUGGUUCCUGCAUCCCUGACAACCAAAUAUGGAGGGUUUUAUAUCAACACUGGUACACUGCAAUUUCGCCAGGCAUCUGAAUCAGAAGAUGAAGACUUUGCAGAAGACAAAAAACAUAGGCCGCCUAAAAUAGCAAAGUUAAAAGAAAGUGAAGAUCGUGGAAUGAAGAAACGCAAGCGAAAAGAUGAAGGGACAGAAAAGGAGAAGAAGCCCCGGAAAAUGAAAGUUCCUAAGCAGUUGGGAGUAAUGGCCUUAAAUUCACACAAGUCUGAGAAGAAGAAAAAGAAACUGUAUAAAGACUCACUCUCUCUGGCUGCCAUGAUCCGUAAAUUUCAAAAGGAGAAGGAAGCCAUGAGGAAGAAGGAACCUAGUCCAAAACCUCCAGUGACUGUUGCAACCUCUACCCCUAGUAAAAUUCCUUCCUCCUCUCUCAGUGCAGGAAAUGAUAUCUCUGACUUGAAUCUUAGGAUCAAUGAUCCUGUCCUCUCCAUUUUUGGUAGCACAAAUGAACCUGAGCUCCUGCAAGAAACUGAAAGUGCCCUGGAGAUGCUGGGAGACAUUGACUUUGAUAAGUUGCUUGAUGGCACUUCUGAUGGCAGCCCGGUCUCUGAGCUGUCAGGAGAAAAUGGAAAUGUCACUCAGGCAACCUACACCUCUCAGGUCAUGACACCCAAGCAGGUGCCUGCCCUCCCAGAAGGUCUGCCUAUGCUACUUGAAAAGCGCAUUGGAGACCUUCGAACAGCUGCCAAGAUGUUUGAUGAAGAAGGCAGGAAGAAGUUUUUCACACAAGACAUGAAUAAUAUUCUUCUGGACAUUGAGCUACAGUUACAGGAGGUGAAUCCUGCCAUCCGCAAUGGAGUGUACUCACACCUGGAGGCUUUCGUGCCGUGCAAUAAGGACACACUGAUAAAGCGCCUGAAGAAGUUACACCUCAAUGUCCAGGACGACCGCUUGAGAGAACCAUUGCAGAAGCUGAAACUGGCUGUCAGUAACGUCAUGCCUGAACAGUUAUGCAAGUAUCAAGAGGACUGUCAGGCCCGCAAUCAAGCCAAGAAUGCCAAGUUGCAAGCGGAAGAUGAACGAGAGAAAAAUGGAUCAGAGGAAGAUGAUGAUGAGAAACCGGGAAAGAGGGUUGUUGGACCCAGAAAGAAGUUUCACUGGGAUGACACAGUGAGGUCUCUGUUAUGUAAUCUUGUUAAGAUCAAGCUGGGAUGUUACGAGCUAGAGCCAAAUAGAAGUCAGUCUGCUGAAGAUUACCUCAAAACCUUCAUGGAAACAGAAGUGAAACCACUUUGGCCUAAAGGCUGGAUGCAGGCAAGGAUGCUUUUUAAAGAAAGCCGAAGUGUUCACAAUCACCUCACUUCUGCUCCGGCAAAGAAGAAGGUGAUUCUGGCCCCUAAACCCAAAGUGAAGGACUCCAGUCCAAAAAAAGAACAGAAAACUUGUAUGUCUUCAGUCAAUUCAAGUUGUGCUACUGUACUGAGUUCCAGUGCAGCUGUGUGCACCCCAGCCAGCUCUAGUUGCACAGCAGCUCCAGAGACUAUCUGCUUGGAUGACUCACUGGAUGAGGACCUCUCUUUCCGCCCACCCUCACUGGAUUCUGUUUCUGAUGCUCUGGCAGUUAUCAAUAAUGGUGCCAAGGGAUCACCUCUUGGGUCCACCAUAGACACACCAACAUCCAGACCUCGCCCUGGGCUGAGGGAAGAGAAACUAGCAAGCAUUAUGAGUAAGUUGCCUCUGGCAACUUCAAAGAAAGUAGAGCCCACUCAAACAUCCCAUUCAUCAAGUCUUAUUGCUGGUCACACAGGGCCAGUACCAAAGAAACCCCAGGACUUAGUUCACACUGGUAUCUCUUCAGGCCUUAUUGCUGGAUCUUCAAUUCAAAAUCCCAAGGUUUCCUUAGAGCCUUUGCCAGCCAAACUACUUCAACAAGGACUACAGAGGUCAAGUCAGAUACAAGCUGCUUCCUCCUCUUCUCAGACUCAUGUUUCUUCCUCUAAGACUCAAGCAGCUAUUUCCACCUCCUCUCAAAGAACCAAGGAUGCUAAUAUCUUGGUAUCGUCUGCUGAGGCUCAAGGUGGUACUUCUUCAACAUCACAAGUGACAAAGGUGCACCAGCAUUCAGCUGUACAACAGAAAUAUGUAUCUCCCUUACAAGCAACUAUUAGUAAAUCACAGACCAAUCCUGUGGUGAAAUUGAGUAGUAAUCCUAAACUCUCUUGCUCAUCACCAGUCAUCAAGGCUCAAGAUAAGUCUGUAGUGUAUCGCCUGCCUUUGUCUAAUCCCUCAUCCGGAAGUGGCUCUCAAGUGUCUCACCCACUGGUUUCUCGGACAACAUCCAGCACCUCUACCUCUAGUAACUAUUUAGCCAAGGCUAUGGUGUCACAAGUUUCUUCCCAGGGUUUCAAGCCUCCCUUCUCCAUGGCUGCCUCUCCCAAACCUGCUGCCUCUCCCAAGCCCACUUCAUCUAAGCCCUCUGUGACACCCAAGCCAAAUGCAUCACCUAAAUUUUCAUCUAAGUCCACCUCAUCCCCCAGGCCUGCAACAACACCCAGUUCUUCCAGUUCAAGUGCACUAGUUUCCCAGAGUAGUCACUCCAGCAACAACCCCCUUCAUAAACAGACCAGUGGUGUAAAUAUCAGCAGGCAGUCUCCCACAGUGAAUUUGCUGUCUUCUAAUCGCACCUCAGGCCUUCAGCCUGCAAAAAACCCUCAGGCUUCUUCAAAAUUGCCCAACUCUUCUCCUUCUGGAACUGUUGGUAAAAAUAAUCUGGGUGGAGUUGGAAUGAAUGUACCUGCCAGCAGAGGCAGUAACCUUAACUCAAGUGGAGCUAGUAGGACUAGUCUGUCUGGGGGAGCAGGAAGUGGAACACAGGGUGCUACUAAACAGUUGUCAACUCCACACAGACCAUCUUCUGCCUCAGGGUCUCCAGUUGUAGCAGCCAGUGUGCAGCUGCUUUCAUCGGAACAUCUUAAGACCAAAACUGGUAAUAAAAACUUUAUCCAUGCUAGGAGAUUUCAUCACUUUGCUUUUCCUUCAACAGCAGGAGCAUCGUUACUGGCUAACGCCUCACCUCUGACUCUCAUGGCAUCACCCCUGUCUGUAACCAGUCAGAACGUGACGUCUACACCAUUAACUCCUUUUGGGAUGCUGGGUGGCCUUGUUCCUGUGACUGUGCCCUUCCAGUUUCCCUUGGAGCUACUUGGCUUUGGGACGGACACAGCUGGAGCGACAACCACCUCGGGAUCUACCUCAGCGGCUUUCCACCACAACCUAACUCAGAACUUACUGAAGGGUUUACAGCCAGGUGCUCAGCAUGCAGCAACGCUGUCUCAUUCACCUCUGCCUGCUCACUUGCAGCAAGCUUACACAGAUGGAGGCCAAAGUAAAGGGGACACUAAGUUACAGCGGAAAAACCAGUGACUUCUGGAUGAGCAAGGGAGCUGAAGCAGUUCUGGUUGGCUGACAGAAUCUGCCCAGUUGGGAAAGUGCUUAUUGUCACAGGGCUGCUGUUUCUGUCAAUGUUUACAUAUUCUGAUCCUAAGCACUGUGGUGAGAGGAAGAAGAAAAAUAAAAAAAUACUUGAUCAAAGAGAGAAGGAAAAGGAGGACUGGUCCUCCUGGUCAUGCAGACUGGUCACAGUUUGAUAUUGCCUAAAGAAACAACCUUUUUUAUCUGCUCUGAUUGGCUCUUAAAAGAAAUUGAUCGUCAAACCCACAGCAGCACCAACAUUUUGUUUCUGGGUGGAGUCCAAUGAAAAGUGGAAAUGGUGAAAGGAGCUAGAAUAGGUUUCUCCGUUCAUUGCGUAAGGUGGAUUCAUCCUUAGUGCCCAAAGUGCCCAGUGUAAGAUUGUGUAGGUCCUGAGUGUACUAUACAGUUAUGGACCAAAGGUUGUGUAGAAUAGAGAUGGUGCUGGGAUACUUUGCAUUAUAAUUAAAACUUUAGACAAAAGCAGUUUCUGAUAAUGGGCAUUUAUCCAGCUUUAGAAGGCUGUUUGGCUUUAGGGAGCCUACAGAUGUAUGCAGUCUCAAUAGAGAAUUGUCUUCAAAAACAGAUCUCCUGGUACAUCAAUAUGUGAGACACAGACUAUUUGUUUUGGUUAAUUUUCAGGGUUUUUUUAAGUACAAAAGUUCUUAUUUAAGGGAGGAAGGGGAUGAAAAUUCAUUCACAUGAAAAGAAACCCACAUUUUAUUGGUCAGACUAGCAUUUCUUUCCCACAUUUUUAAAUCACACUAAUGUUUCAGUAUUUCCUUUUGUUAAACUUUUUAUCUUGUGCUUAUUUGCUACUGAAAAGAUACUCUAUUCAUGUCUUUCAUAAAUCACAACCAGUUCUUUUCUCAUUCUCAGGCUUCAUCUUUUAUCUUACUCCUCCCAAAAGCCAUGCAUUAUAUUGAUUUGCUAGUUAAAGAAAGCUUAUUGUGACCUAUUCCAGAGUCAAAUUAAUACUGCUUCAGGCAUUAGCCAAAGAAGAGUCGUUCAAAAGCGACCAGAGGUGCCUUCUCUUCUGGGGGCUGAAUGGGUUGUCUCCAGCAUUUCCAGCCCCUGCUGGCCUGGGGAGUUUGACCUGAACUCUUUUUUACAUGGUAGCGCAAGACUGCAGAGCUGGCUUUGUUGUUUUGGUUUUUUUUUCUUUGAUAGCAAUACAUCAACCAGUUCACAUGUAAGAUUAGGAAGCAUCCGGCACAUGUUGCACUUUUGACACUAGGACAGAACUUUGGUGUUGAGUCCCUUGUGCUGUCGGAUAAAAAGUGAGAAUGGCAGAAACAUAAAAUUGUUUAUGACUAAGUAAGUCAUAAAGAAAAGGAGCAAAUAAACCAGUAUGAUGCCCUUCUCCUUCAACCCUGAAACAUUCCUUUGACCAGAGAUGCUGAAAUUCUUAGUAAAUAGUUUUUCUGGUAGUUUGACUUGAGAUUGAACCAGACACUACUGGUUAUCUCACACCUUUUACAGAGACUUUGACCCCUGAAUAAUGAAUCUUCAAUGUUUUUUGCUAGAUAACUUAGAGCUUGCAGGUUUCUUUUACAUGUGAUUUAUUUUUUCUUAGAUCAGGCAACAAUUUCUUUUCUAUUUAGAGCUCAUUUUAAUUUUAUAUAAAUAUAUAUACAUAAAUUUAAAAUAAUAUAUAUUGUGUAUUUAGUAUAAAAAUGUUGGGUUGAGCUCAGCAAUAAAUGUUUUUGCACAACACUUCUGUGAAAGACAGAUUGGUUUAAGAUCCAUUAGUUCAUAAGUUUCACUCCACAGCAUCUGCCAAUUAAAUACUUUUUAGCUGGAGCUAAUGUUUUGUAUAUGGUGUGUUGAUCAGAUAAGGUUGCAUCUCCAUCCUGGUUUAGAGUUGAAACACAUACAGCUAUGGAGACCCUGGCAUUAAUACUACACAAAUUCUGUCAAAAUACCAUAAACUAUUUACAGUGCAAGCUUAAUCUGAUAUUUUUUUCUUUUUUUCAGGAAGGGUUGAAGGAAGCCAACUUUGUUUUUUGAGGUCUAACAGUUCUGGCAGGAUGUUAAUUCUCUGAACUGUGUCAAACCUGAGAACUUUAAUGAUGCAUGUAGCUAAGGGAGUUGCAGCAGUGAGUCAUUGGGCAGCAAUAUAUUUAAAGGACCCUGUCCUAAGAGAGUUCUACCUCUUCUGUGUUUUCCUCAUCAAGGCAUCCCAUUCAAAUUGUCAUCUUUGAAAUUUUAGACUGGGAGACUUGGAGUCCUUUAUAACUACAGCACAAAUUCCCUUUCAAUAUUCCUUUCUUCCUGGAAGUAUGCUUUAUCUUCAGUUGAAGAGUAUUCUCUCUAAGUCUUGAGGGUAGGAAUAGUCCUGCCUCUGUGUCCUGUUGAGCUUCUCAGUCUUGGGAAACAAGUAAACUAAUACUUAUUGUGGAAAUAGAUACUAGGAUGAUGAAAAUAAAGAUGACCAUCCAUUGUUUGUGAAUCAGUUCAAACAACCUCCCCCCCACCAGCAGGUAACUGUUUUCAGUCAUCACACUCCUGUUAGUUAUUACUCUCCUGAGUGAAUUUGAAUGAACCACAUUGGGGGUGGGGGAUCCUUUACUUGCUGUUUUCUGUUCUCCCUGGUUAAGCCUAGCAAGGCCAAAUCAAAGGAAAUAAAAAGGUGGUUCCUAGAGACCUUUGCAGGUAGCAUAGACAGGAUGGGGAAGAUUACUGCAACGUUCAAAUGCAAAAUUAGGUUAAUGUUUUACUACUUUCUGCACAGCAGCUCUUCUGAAGACAUUCCCCCCCUGCCCAGGUUUUUACUACUUUUUAAGGGCCUUUGUUAAUAAAUAAACUGUAGUUGUACAUACUAAAUAAACCCUCAGUAUUCACAAGCAAUAAGAAAGCCAAGCAGAGCUGUCUUUUCCAGGCAGCAGGGCUGAACUUGGUUUGGGGACUGUAUAUGAGCUAACGUGUCAAGCUCUCUGAAAGCCCCAACCAAAUGCAAGCAAUAACUUCAAAAAUAGGUUUUAGAUGUUGAAACUGUCUGGGUAGUAUUCCCUGCUACAUGAUCCAAAGUCCCAAAAACCAUGGUAGCUAUUUUAAAUCAUUAGAGACUCUUGCAAAGAAAGAAGGCAGGCUAGAUGAAAAACAGGCUGCAGAGUUUCCUGAUCUCUUGGACUAUAACUGCAGUGUUCUCCCAUUCCAAGAUACAAAUGGCCUAAGUCACUUUAUCCAGCCUUCUCUGUUGAUUUGAGAAACAUGUCUAAAUGCUGAUCAACUGAGUCACAAGUGCGGAUGCUGUGGGUUUCACAUCUGUUUUCUGCUAAUCAGAAGUAACUUUUAAUCACUUGGGUUCUGCUUUGUGUUUCAAUAAGAUCAAAGUUGUCUGAUGCACGGAUUUCGAGGUGGAACAGGUGCUAAAAGCCUGUUCCUUCCUGCAGUCCCAUCACCUGACCCUUCCUCCACGCUCCUUCUCCACUUGGUGCAAGACACUUGAGGACAUGAAAACAAAGAACUCUGCAACUCUCCCAAGCUGCCAUCAGUUGUGCGAACCAGUAACCCUCUGGGAGUCACACUGGACUCCAACUAACUUUAUCACAUUUGCUGCUACAUUCGUAAAAUGAACUUUUGGCUGUAUUUAUUAGAAGAUUUUUAAUCUAGUUUACAGAUUUUCUUUUUUGUUUUCUUUUGAUUAGUUUUUGCCCACAGUUGGAUUAGAAUCAUUCGGGUGUUUGGGUUGAUGGGGUUUUUGUUUUAAUUUUUUUAUUUGUUUGUUUUUGAGUGAAUUGGUGAAAGCACAGUGGUCCCUCUUCUGCUUUAGUUCUGGAUUUUUUUUGAAGAUGGCAUUGCAGGAAAAACCUACAGCCAAGCCAAACUGUGGAAGGCUUCCUCCCACACCUAACUUUCAUCUUUUGCUGAACUGGGGGGAAAAAAUCAUUAAAGGGACACUUGAUUUUU